UUGGAGAAACCGUACUUUACGGCAGAUGGUAGAAGGGAUGCACGAGAGGGAACAGCGUGACUGACGCGCAGACCGGAAGCAGAAGGGACCAAAAAUGUCGCAACGAAGGAGGACGGCGUCCACGUUUUCCUCGUCACCGCCGCAUUCCACGCUGAUUGCGGUGGUUUUGCUCAUCUUCCUCGUCCGAGUGCAGGAUGUAACAGGAUGCCAGUUUUAUCCCGUCGGAGAGUAUCUGAAAUUCGUAAGGGUACCGGAGAAUCUGGAGAGGGGGACUGAAAUUCUUUCACUGGAGGUUCAUCCGAGAAAUCGACUCGUCAUUAUGCCGGUCGACAAGGAGGAGGACGCCGGUUUCUUUGAUUACAAGGAAACAAAUAAAACGCAUGUUUCUUUGAUCCUGGCGCAGUCUCUGGAAGACUUGGUGGACGCAGAAUCUCCGAGGAACCUAUUAAAAUUUCGCGUUACUUGCGAUUCAGGCACCGGCGACUCGUUGGUAUCGUCGCAUUUGUCAGUGACGGUCUACGUGGAGGAUAUAAACGAUCACGCGCCGCAAUUUGUCGAUGCGCCUUAUCACGUAACAGUGGACGAGCUUACGCCAGUCGGUGUGACGAUAUUUCGCGGGAUUCACGCGUUGGAUGGCGACAAGCCGAACACGCCGAACAGCGACGUCUAUUAUGCCAUCGUGAAGGGGAACGAGCAAGGGAAAUUUUCCCUAGAAUCCGGACACAGAACCGCCUUAAUACUUCGCAAGCAGAUCGACUACGACAGCGGAGAUCGCGAGUUCACGUUGAUUAUUACCGCGACCGAUCGAGGCGUUCCCGCCAGAAGCACAAACAGCACCGUGAAAAUAACCGUAGUGGACAACGAUGAUCUUGAUCCGAAGUUCACGCAGGACAUUUACAAGGCGAAAAUCUACGAGUUCUAUCCUAUUCCGAAGCAUCCAAUCUUCACGGAGAUCAAUUUCACCAAUCCGAUUCACGCGGCCGACCGCGAUCGCGACAUAAACGUGCCGGUGCGAUACGAUAUCAUAUCCGGCAACGAGCGGGGCUUCUUCCAUCUCGAUCCGAAGAAUGGCUCGCUGUUCCUGAAACGCGCGAUCGACCUCGACGCCGAGCGGAGUCUGCCGAGCAAUACGUUCAACCUACAGAUACACGCGUCGCAGGUGGACAACCCGUUGAAGAUGACGGUCGCGCGGGUCGAAGUAGAGGUGCUGGAUUUGAAUGAUAAUCUACCGCAGUUCGAGGUCGAUCUAUACAACAUCAGCAUCGUGGAGAAUCUGCCGAACGGCUUCAGCGUACUGCAGGUAAUCGCGCGCGAUAAAGAUCAGGGCGAGAACGGCCGGUUCGAUUAUCAGCUGGAGGAUUCGCACAGUGCGUUUUCCGUGGAUUCACGAUCCGGCUGGCUCACCGUCAGAGAUCAGACGGUCCUGGAUCGCGAGAGGCGCGAUCAUCUGAAGAUGAAGGUCUACGCCGUGGAGCAUAGACCGAGCGUCGUCGGUUCAAAGCCAUCCUCCGUGGAUGUCGAGGUCAGUCUGCUCGACGCCAACGACAACAAUCCCAUUUUCGUGCCUGGAAAUCUUUACGAGCUGGUAGCGCGGAGCGAUGUCAAAGUUGGCACUGUUCUGGGCCAGGUGCACGCGGUGGAUGACGAUCAGGGCCCCAACGGGCUGGUGCGCUACCGUUUGCAGAAGCCCGGUAACUCCACGCUGCGCAAACCCCCGUUCGCGGUCGACGAGAGCACGGGCGUGAUCACGGCGUCGGAGAGCCCGAUACUCGAAGGUAGACACGCGAUCUUUGUGGAAGCGGCCGAUCAACCGGCGAAUCCUAGCGAGAGAAGAUUUUCUCUGGCGGUUGUAACGGUGGACGUCUUCCGAGCGGACGGUCCAGAUUCAUGGGAACCAGAUUUCAUCGGCGCGCCCUACGAGUUCUGGGUCGGCGCAGACGUGCCUGUGGGUACCAGCGUCGGGCAGAUUCGUCUGAACGACGCCGUGAAAACCAACGACCUCAUCUACGAUCUGCUGCACGGUUACGAGGAGGGAGUUCCAUUUGCCGUGGAGGAGCGCUCAGGCACGAUCACGGUCGUGGAGGAGAUCGGGCGCUUCGACCAAUCUGCAUACGACUUCGAGGCGGUCGUCACCGACGAGAGGGACCUCACGCUCAUCACGAACGUUUCGAUCCACGUGGUGGAUCCGAGCGACGAGCGGGGCGUCUUGACGAAGGGAAUGACCACCGCUCCGCUGAUCUUCCAUGUAAAGGAGAACGUGCCCGGCGCGUUGAUCGGCCAAGUGCUACCGCACAACGGCACGGCGUCGACUGUGUCUGGCACUGAAUUUCUUAUCGUCAAUCAGCAGGAUGUGCCCGAUGUCGCCAUCAUGAGCGACGGCACUCUUUACGCUCCUCAGGGUUUGGACCGCGAGACGAGGCAGAACUACAGCAUCACCGUGAUUGCCGAGAGUUCGCGCGGCGUGGGCGUGUUUCAGGUGCGACUUAUCGUCGACGACGAAAAUGAUCACGCACCGGAAUUCACGUCGUCUAUUUACGAAGCCCGGAUUUUGGAAAACAGUCCUGCGGGCACGGAAGUCACCCUCACGAAUCCGAUUGCGGCGAACGACAGAGACGAGGGGCAAAAUCAGGACUUUGAGUUCGCUCUGCGGGGCGAGGGUAGCAGCCUGUUUAAAAUCGAUCCGACAACGGGCCAAGUGUAUUUCGCGGGCACCGACAAUAGGAUUCUGGAUCGCGAGACAAGGGCGAAUUAUGAAUUUCAAAUAAUCGCCAUUGACAGCGGCGGUCUGAAGUCGGAGAGCACUUUGAGAAUAACGGUGCUCGACGCGAACGACAACGCUCCGAAGUUUAUACGGAUGGUGGUCCUGCCGGAUCAGGGAGUGCACGUAUCGCAGAAUCCGGAUGUCGAUACAUCCACCGAAAAGGACGAGACGAAGGACGGAGGAGCGCAAGCCGAUAAUUCGGCGGACGGCAGCAGGCGACGCUCGCCGUUGCUGCUGGUGCCGGAGAACACGACGAUCGGCGUGCCAAUAAUCCGCCUGUUGGCGGACGAUAAGGACGAGGGCGCGAACGCGGCGAUAACGUAUAGUCUGAGCAACGAGACGAUUUCCGGUCGAGCCUUGCCACGUCGAUACGACGUCACCGCUCGGCGAUACUUCCAUCUCGAUCCACACACGGCCGAGAUAUCCGUCGUUCGGAGCCUGCUGCCGGAAAAGGACAUCCGGCUGUUCGUCCUGGCGCGAGACGCUGGCGGUCUCACGGACAACAUCACCGUCCGGAUCCGUAUAACCGAUGUGAACGAUCACGCGCCCGUCUUCGAUAAAUCUUGGUACACGUUCGACGUGGCUGAGGGCGCGUACGUCAAUCGCGCGGUCGGCACGGUGCGAGCGAUCGACGUCGAUUUCGGCGCGAACGGCGAUCUAAGCUACGAAUUGAUCACCAGUCACGAAGACUCGGGGCUGGCCAAAAACGCGUCGCGAUCGUUCGAUGUGGAUUCGCGCGAGGGUACGAUACGCGUGAGCGGGAUUCUCGAUCGGGAGCGAGUCACGACUCAUCGUCUUCUCGUGGUCGCUCGCGAUCGCGGCUCGCCGAGUCUGAGCUCCUCCGUCGAGGUGGAGAUCAACGUGCUGGAUGUGAACGACAACGCGCCGACGUUCCACGGCUACGACGAGCUGGAGCAAGUGACUCAAUUCCCAGUCUAUCGGGUGUCCGUUUUGGAGAACGGUCCGAUUGGCACACAAGUGACCAAGGUGUACGCGAACGACAGCGACUUUGCCGGCAAUGGAAACGGAUUGAUUCUGUUCGAUUUGAACCAUCAAGAUCGUGGGAUGGAGAAGCAGUACUUCGCAAUGGACAGUAAAGAAGGCGUCGUCACGACUAUCGCCAGACUCGAUUACGAAACCAAGAGCGAUUAUCGUCUAAUCGUGACAGCGAGCGAUCUCGGCUCACCGAUUAGCCUCACUUCCACUGCCGUGGUGCGCGUUACUGUACUGAAUGUCGACGAUGAGGAAGACAACGAGGUGCGCAAGAUACCGACCUUCCAGCAUCGAUACUACGAGGUGGAGGUUGACGAAAAUGCCUCGGUGCCGUUGCUGAUCGCGCAGCUCGACCUCGCCGACAAUUAUCACGACGAGCAUAUAAGAUACAGCGUCGUGGCCGACGGUUCCGACGGAAGAGAUCACUUCUCGAUCGAUCCUAAAAACGGUUCGCUGUAUCUGAUGACGGAGGUCGACCGUGAAGCGCGAGAUCGAUACGAAACGAAGGUGCGAGUCGAUCGACUGAAGAUCGGCCGCGGCAUGCCGGUGAUGAUCUACCCGAUCGUGGGCGAGAGACUCAACGGAUUGGCGCCCAACGAAGCCAGAGUAAUCGUCAGGGUGAAAGAUGUGAAUGACAACGCGCCCAGAUUCAAGUCCAAAGACAGACCCAUCCUCGCCGCUAUACCCGUCACUGCCCACUACGGCUACGAGGUCGUCAAAGUAGAGGUAGUGCAGCAGCGACGACUCAAAGUGAACCGAGCUCUUUAAUCCAUUUUGGUUUUAGGCGGCUUUUGUCCGCUCUUUUCCUCCUCGCAAACAUCUCUGACAAGUCCCUUCGGGCUUGAUUUAAUUUUCUGUAAUAGCUUUUCACGGCGGGCCACGGACAGACGGGGCGCCGAGAACGGGCGCAGCAGCAUCGCCAACGUUUUCGUGUACGUGUUGGACGAUCAGAAGCAGGUCGUCAUGGUCAUGGGACGCAAACCUAUCGAGAUCGAGUCUCAGCUCGAGAAUAUUACCAUCGCGCUGCAAAACGUCACCGGCUUGGACGUGCGAGUGAGAAAGCUGGAGCCGCACAUCGAAAAGAACUUGAUCGACGCAGCCUCCACUGACGUUUAUCUAUACGCGAUCGACCCGCACCUGAAUAUCAUGAUUGACAUGGAUACCUUGCACAGUGUUUUCACUAGCAAAAAGAUGGACAUAAAACGCGAGCUGGAUGAGUAUCGAGUACUGGAAAUCGCCGGUAACGCUCCACGUAGAGGUAGUCAACGUUAUUUAUUGUCCACCCUCGAAGUGGGUGUCGUGGUGCUCGGCUGCGUCGUCUUCGUAGGCGCCCUCGUGACCGCUCUAUGCGUUACUUGCGUUCGUCGCAAUAAACGUCGUAGACGACGUGACAAGGCCAUGUUCUCGACGGUCGGCCCGGUCGGAUUCGCUCUGACGGACCCCGCCGGCACUUUGCAAAAGCCGCCGCUCUUCCCCACCUUCGUCGAUGGGCUCCAUUAUGAUCCCGAGCCCUUCUGCUCUGAGAUGUCUAGGCGUCAGAGUAUAUGCGAGCAUGGCAAUAAUUGCGUUCGUUUUCACACAAUGAGUGGGGGUGGAAAACAUGCGGUGAGAUCGACGGGUACCUUGAAAGGCCUCGAGGCAUCCGCGACAUCCUUGCAUUCCAGCGGUCAGGAUUCUGGUAUCGUGGCGCGCACUUCCUGCCAUUGCAGUCACUCAUCCAGUCCUUCCAGCGGUGAAAGCAGCAACGGGUACGAGGACUCGCUCAAGUCGCUUCAGCGUCGCGAGCGAAGCAAUGACAUUUCACGGAGUCAUGAAAUCGCCAGCGUGGUCGGGAGACGGGCAACUUUAGCGGCGAAACGGCAGCAACGUUUUCAUUCUUUCUCGAACGGCGAAUCUGUUUAUACCCACGAGAUGACGAUGCAGCGGGAACAACAACACUGCUGCGUCGGCAGCGAGAACAGACGGAAAGCGGAGCAUCGCCGUGCGCAUUCCGAAGCGGAGAACAAUAUCACCGAGACGGUGAUACACGAGCACCCGGGAACGGAGAUCUCGUUGGGGAGCUCACUGCCGAACACGUCGACUCUUCACGGUACAUCAAGAGCCAGCCACAUGCUCUAUUAGUACCGUCGAUUUGUAAAAAAAGUGGCAAACUUCCAAGGAGCGCCGGAAUACAACGGCUGCGAACAUUUUUAUACGAUAGUUUAACUAUUUUUUUAAUACAAAUUUGCGUAUAAAUUAUUUUUGUACGCCGCUCACAGUGUCAUCUCGUUGCCAAAGUAUUCGCACGUCGAAUCAGAGAAUCACUCAUCACUGUAAAUACACGAUAUACUGUUUUCGAUAUUCGAUCUUCCAUGAUUCUUUUUGAUUAAUCGACAUAGGAUACAUCGUAGCGCGGUGGCAUCGUUAAGAUUAUUUAUCGCUAAGAUUAUUUAUCGCGCAAUUAUUAAAACGUGAGAUGAAUAUAAUAUGUAAAUUAAUAUAUUGUAUGAUUUUAUCGUGUACAGAUACAUUUUAUGAGAAAGAGUCUAUUAAAGAGAGUGGAUUAUACUCUCGAUCAUGUUAGCCGAUUUAUUUAAUAUAUAAUUUAUACGUUUGUAAAAUGUAACAAAGUGUAACAUAC